UGAAAGUGAAAGAAAGAUCAAAUAUCGAAAAUGGUUGCUGAAGAUCCUAACGUUUGGUUGGCAGUAAUAAACAAAUAUAUUUACAGAUUUGUGGUAAUCGUGACGCUAGUCUUUGCCCUCGUUUCGGUACUCAUUGUCAAACGAAAUAAAUACACAAACGAUGAGAAGGAACUGCAGCGUUUAAGGACAAAACUCAAACCAUGUUUAACCAACGGAAGUUAUCCAAAAUUUCUUCAAAAGAUGCGAAUGCUCAAACAAAGAAUCACAACAAUAAAUGUAGAAUUCCGUCAAGUUACUGAAGGUUUUAAAACUCGAGAGAAAUCUAACAUUUCGAGCAUAAAGGAAAAAUGGAGCCAACGUUUGCAAAGGUUACAAAAUCUAAUAGCGAAAAGCACGAAUAUUUAUCAGAAAUUUGAAAAAAAUUUCAAAUUAUUUCAAGAGCUGACGCACACAAGAUUUGAUAAAGGAUGGGCAAAAUUUCAGAAAACGGAGGAUGAACUGAAGAAUCGUCAUGGAAAAUAACUCGUAGCUACAAGACGUUAAAAUAGCAAUAAUUUAAUGAAGCGAUUGUUCCAUAGGAAUAUACACAACAGACUUUUUCAUAUCAAUACGUUCUUUUUAAAUUAAUGCAAUGCUGUUGUAAUAAAUAUUUAAAAGAUUUGUUGAAUUUUUUGAAGAGAAACGUGUAUAAUUUCAAAGAAUGUCGUAUUUGUGUUGCUAGUUGAGGCAAUAUAUUGAGGCAUUGAGCAUUCAUGAAUAAAUUUAACCAAGCGUGAGAUGACAACAUCAAGGUUGCGUAUGUACGUGACUUUAACGAAAUGCCAAUGGAUGAAACGACUCCUUUAAUUGUAAAUUCAACAAGACCAAACAAUGAGGACAUACUAGAGACAUGUCAACAUUGGACAACCCGUAUAGUAAAGGGUUUUUUUAGUCUCGCUACGUUAGCAGCACUCGCGCUCUCUAUUACAGCAAUUAUUCUUGCAGUAAAACAGGAGAAAAUGUUAAAAGCGAACAAAGAUGAACUUGACUCUGUACGGGACGAAGUCAAAACAUGUUACAACGAUUCGUACGAGAAGAUACAAGAAUUAUCUCAGACCAUCAGUAAUAUAAACGACAGUUUAUAUAUUUUUUUAGCAGAUACAACACUCAAAUUGCAAAGUGAACUCGAGAGUGCGGAAAGUGAUUUCAAAGCAGAAGAAAUAAAAAUGGAAAAUGAAGUUUCUGGUAUGAAUACGAAUGUGAUUAAACUAGAAACAAAUUUGGGAGUUUGA